AUGUCUUCUUUGAAAUUUGACUUAAUUGUGGAUACACUUGCUAGUGGGUCUGUUUUAACUUCUGGUGUUUGCUUACAAUGUCCUGACAUAUUUUCUGAUAGACAGUUUUUGAUUGAUUUUGUUGUUUUACCUUUGAGUCAGAUCAAUGUUAUUUUUGGUAUGGAUUGGUUAUCUUUCAACCAUGUCUUAUUAAACUGUUUUGAGAAAUUUGUUGUCUUUCCUGAGUUUGGUGUGAGUGAAGGUGAUAUGUUUUUGCCUGCUAACCAAGUUGAGGCAUCUUUGAGGGAGGAUGCACAUGUAUAUAUGAUCUUAGCUAGUAUGAGUGCUGAGACCAAAACCCCUGUGAGUGAUAUACCCUUGGCGAAAGUGUUUCCGGAGGUGUUUGAGGAUGUGUAUGGAUUACCACCUGAGAGAGAGGUUGAGUUCUCCGUAGACCUAGGCCCGGUACUAGACCUAUAUCCAUAG